CUCUUCCGCAGAGGAGUGGAGACGCCCGAGGAGGCGGGGUCGGGCUCUAACCCAGACUGGGUGAACCCGGAGGUGAAAGGGAUCCGGUGACCGAUGGGCUGAAAUGUAGUGGAUCAAAGGAGGUUCCGACUUCAAUGCGGAGAUGAAUCGUCACCUAUUUGCUUGGCUUUUUAGACAUCUGUCUCUUAACGGUCACCUCCAGUGUCACGUCCGUCGCCAUUCUCAUCAGCUUACACAGAUCCCUCUUGACACAAGGCUGUGGGUCUUUAGGCGAAACAGGAAUCACAUUCUCCAUCGUCUGUCAAAUAAGAAUUGCUCCAGGAGAUACUGUCAUCAAGAUACCAGCAUGCUCUGGAAACAUAAAGCACUACAAAAAUACAUGGAGGACCUGAAUAAGGAGUACCAAACACUUGAUCAUCGUUUGCAUCACGUCUCUGCCAAUGAAGGGGACCGGAGGUCCUUGACGCGACGGCAUGCCGAGCUGGCCCCGCUUGCGGUCAUUUACAAAGAAAUUCAGGAGGCUGAACAAGCCAUUGAAGAAUUAGAAUCCAUGUGUAAAAGUCUAAAUAAACAAGAUGAAAAACAGCUACAAGAACUUGCAUUGGAAGAGAGGCAAACCAUUGCUCAGAAAAUCAACAUGUUAUACAGUGAGCUUUUCCAGAGUCUACUGCCAAAGGAGAAAUAUGACAAAAAUGAUGUUAUUUUAGAAGUGACAUCUGGAAGAACGACUGGAGGUGAUAUCUGCCAACAAUUUACCCGAGAAAUAUUUGAUAUGUACCAAAAUUAUUCAAGCUACAAACACUGGAGAUUUGAACUUCUGAAUUAUACACCAGCUGAUUAUGGUGGGCUACAUCACGCGGCGGCCCGAAUUUCCGGUGAUAACGUCUAUAAGCACUUGAAGUACGAAGGUGGGAUUCACCGGGUUCAGCGAAUCCCCGAGGUGGGGCUGUCAUCCCGGAUGCAGCGUAUUCACACGGGAACGAUGUCGGUGAUCGUCCUCCCCCACCCAGAUGAGGUCGACGUGAAAGUGGACCCUAAGGACUUACGAAUAGAUACAUUCCGAGCCAAAGGCGCAGGAGGGCAGCAUGUUAAUACAACUGAUAGUGCUGUCAGACUUGUCCACAUCCCCACAGGACUUGUAGUGGAAUGCCAGCAAGAACGAUCACAGAUAAAAAACAAAGAAAUAGCUCUGCGUGUGUUGAGAGCUAGACUCUACCAGCAGAUUAUUGAGAAAGACAAGUGUCAGCAACGAAGUGCAAGAAAACUGCAGGUGGGAACACGAGCCCAGUCAGAGAGAAUCCGGACAUAUAAUUUCACCCAGGAUAGAGUCACUGACCACAGGAUAGCAUAUGAAGUGCGUAAUAUUAAGGAAUUUUUAUGUGGGGAGAAGUGCUUGGAUCAGCUAAUUCAGAGACUACUUCAUUCAGCGGAUGAAGAAGCCAUUACUGAAUUUUUGGAUGAAAACCUUAAAUUAGUCAAAUAA